AUCAUACUCGUGGUGUGAAGAAAUUUCACAGCUUUCUGUUGUUUGCGUCAAUAAUUCCCAUUAAAUAUGGGGAUUCUCGAGAAAAUUUCGGAGAUCGAAGCCGAGAUGGCUCGUACCCAGAAGAACAAGGCCACUAGUUCACAUCUUGGUCUUCUCAAGGCUCGUCUUGCUAAGCUGAGACGAGAGUUAAUCACACCCAAGGGAGGAGGUGGUCCAGCAGGGGAAGGUUUUGAUGUUGCAAAGACAGGAGAUGCAAGAAUUGGUUUUGUUGGCUUUCCUUCUGUGGGUAAAUCCACACUACUGAGUAACCUAGCCGGAGUGUACUCUGAAGUAGCUGCCUAUGAGUUUACUACACUCACCACUGUGCCUGGUGUUAUCCGAUACAAGGGAGCUAAGAUACAGCUCCUGGAUCUUCCUGGAAUCAUAGAGGGCGCUAAAGACGGAAAGGGCAGAGGUCGUCAGGUCAUUGCUGUUGCCAGGACGUGCAGUAUUAUCUUCAUGGUUCUAGAUGUCCUCAAACCCCUCAAACACAAGAAACUAUUGGAGCAUGAACUGGAAGGCUUCGGUAUCAGGUUGAACAAGAGUCCCCCAAACAUUGGCUUCCGCAAGAAGGAGAAAGGAGGCAUCAACCUGACCACCACCUGUCCCCAGUCCACGCUAGACUCAGACAUGGUCCGUACUAUCCUGGCUGAAUAUAAGAUCCAUAAUGCGGACGUGGUCCUACGUAGUGAUUCUACCACCGAUGAUCUAAUUGAUGUAGUAGAAGGCAAUCGUGUCUUUAUCCCUUGCAUCUAUGUGCUCAACAAGAUUGAUCAGAUCUCAAUAGAGGAGCUGGACGUCAUCUACAAGAUACCUCACUGUGUGCCCAUCUCAGCUCACCACAAGUGGAACUUUGAUGAUCUACUGGAGAAGAUGUGGGAGUACCUGCAGCUAGUCAGAAUAUAUACCAAACCCAAGGGUCAGUUACCAGACUAUGAGGCACCGGUCAUCUUGAAGCUAGGUCAUCUGGCCGUAGAGGAUUUCUGCAACAACCUGCACAAAAGCAUUAUGAAGGACUUCAAAUAUGCAUUGGUGUGGGGAUCAUCAGUCAAGCACAACCCUCAGAAAGUAGGCAAAGAACAUGUACUGAACGAUGAAGACGUCAUCCAGAUAGUCAAAAAGUGAGCCUAUGUGUUUGCAUAUAGUCUUGCACAUUUGCAGUCACAUUGCUUGAUAAACAAUAAGCCUACAAGAUCCUCCACAGUUCACUCAGCGGUAUGGGAGGAUGAGUCAGGCAAGCUAUGGAAAGAUUUGCCGAGAGCGCAUCACAUGUUAUUGGCUAUUUUUACUCUCUUGCUGUGCAUGUCCACACUGACCAAACAAUGAACAAAAAGACUCUUUCAAUGGCUGAAAAAGUACCGUGCUCAUAGAUAGUGCUUGAAAGAACAUUCCUGUUGAAGUAGCUUAAAUAUAGACCAUUCCGAGUACACUAUCACUAUACAGUCAGCACUGUGCCUGCUAUUGUACAAAGCAACUGCCUGACUAUCUGAACACUAACUUGCACAAUGCCACCUCCAUUGAAUGGGGCCUUCGUGAGAGUACAAUGCUAGUGUGCUCGCAAUGGUCUAUACAUGAAAUAUGAGGAUAUCAUGAAACUGAUCAUUAAAAUCUGUUUCUGUCUUCAUCUUUUCGCAGAAUUUAAUAUCACAAUUCGGACUUUGCUGGCUUCAAAUGGUUCUGCAAAUGCUCCAAUCCUCACAGCACCACAAAGAGUUUUGUCCUCUCAACUCUCUCAUAAGCAUAGAACAUGGUGUAGAUAUUAAGAGGUUUUAGACCAGGAAGGUAGACAUGUCUGUGAAUGUAGAUAGGAAGACAUUCACAUCUACAUUUUGAUGAAUUUAGGUUACUGAAUCAUGGUGUGCUAUAGCACACUAAAGUGGCUCAAAGCACUUUCUAGCAACCAUCCAAAACCCAUAAUAUUGCAGCAUUUCACAUAUUUAUUACUGUGUACUGUUGGAGCAAUGUUGCCAUGGAUUUUCAUUCUGGCUUGUAUUCAAACACAUCUAUCACAAGUCAUCCGUCUUAUAGUUUUCUUUUGGAAUAUUUCUGUGCUUGUUUAUUAUAUUCAAACCCCCGGAAUACAUUGAUCCAUGCCAUGGCUGAGUUUAAGUCAAGUUGUUUUUUUCCUGUGUUAAUAUUCUAAAUUGUACAUUCAAUUUGUAAAUUAAAAAUUUAUUGAACUUAAAAGGACAGGAGUUAAGGCCUGUUACUUCACACAAUUGUGAUUGAUCAUGAUGCGACAUGUCAUUUGCAAAGAAAUAAACCAGAGUUGAAGUGCACAUAAUUACCAUGAUGUCACAAAGUUGCAUUUGCAUUGACAUUCAAGCGAAUACUAACCAACCAUUAGAUAUAUGACUGGCAGUGCUGAAACUAGACCAAUUUAAGAAUUUGAAUUCUGAUUUUGACAUCAGCAGACUGCAUACCUGACAGACUUCAGAAAAUGGGGAAAUUGUACGAGGAACUGUCUACUGAUAAAAAGUUGAAUGGCAAUAUCCAUAAUGCUGAUUGUUUGGGUCCUAUAGACUACAUGUUUGCCACAAUGCCCACAGGCAGCUGACAGGCAACCCAAACAUUUGUGACCCAUCACCACAAAAUGAGCCUAAAGUUACACUUUUGAAGAACUGAGAUAUUUAUAUAUCUGGAUUAUGCAGAACACAAGCUUUCUAAUGGUAUACAACAUUAUGGGGUACUGAAUUCAGUAAUGAAAAUAUAGACCAACUUACUUGAAGUUGUAAAACUGAUUCUCAAGAAAAUGGCACUUAAAAAUCCUGCAGUUGUGUUACAGUGAAUGUUACAGUGAACAUAAUAAAAUUGGGAGCUUAUAUUUUAAGGGAUACAUGUAGCGUAGAAGAGAAUGGUUUACUGAAAUUUGGGAUCACGUGACCACAGCAUCCAAUUUUGUAAUCACAGGUGACAUGGUGUUUCAUGCUAGAGCCAUGACUGACUACCCAUAUCAUACAGUGCAUAUUGUGCUACCUCUCCCAGCACGUCAAAUGAUUUCAUGACCCCAUGUGUUACACACCAAGUGUUUGAAGGCCCCAAAGUAAAAUGUUUCAAGUAUUGUCACUGCAAAUUAAUAAUUAAGGGAAGAUGCUGAUGAACAAGUGUACAUUGCAAAUGCUAAUAAAGACUACUAGAUAUUGACAAA